AUGAAAGCUCUUAAUUUAUUAGUUCCUAGAAUCUUGAUGUAGUCUUCAGCAACUCUUUUCAUGAAGCCUUCUUUCAAUAUUUCCUUUUUAAAGAAAGGUUUAGAAAAGAUGAAAGAAGAAUAGGAAUAAAAACUAAAGGAUCUUUAAUAGUAGCAAUAAGCCCAAUCAUUGUAGUUAAAAGAAAACGAAAUCUUAUAGUAAAAACAAAGUACAUAGUAGGCUUAAAGUGCAGAUCCUUAUUAAAAUGCUUCAAGCGAUAAAAUUUCAGAUGAGCUAGCUGAAUAAAUGAGAGAUUAAUAGCUUCAAGAUGAAAUGGAGUUCGAAGAACUUAGCAAGCAACAUAAGUUACUACAGGCAAAUGUUAACAAAGAAUGUGAUAUCCCUUACAGAUUAUAUGGUAUGCUUAAAAUGCCAAAAACCAAAGCCGCAUACAUGCCUGAAAGAGUUUUCGCAGAAUAGAGAAUUCCCAAGUACAUGGUCAUUGACCACUUAAAGAAAAUUUACUUGGGUACUCUUCAUUCUAUUGUAGAUUUGGAUGAAGAAUUCUUGAAUGAAUACUUAGAGGCAGGAUUUGCUAAAAAGUUGAUUGAAAGAAUUAAAGAGUUAAAAAAUUAAGGAUAUAAGCUAGAACUUUAUCAAGAUAAUAAUGGUAUCCGUGGAGAACCCAUCACACAAGAAACUUAUUUAGGAGAUAUGGUUAUGGUUAGAGGAUUAAGUAUUGACAGAAGUAAGAACUUAAGUUAAAAUGAUUAUCACAUGUGGAAGGAUAUUGAUGAUAUGGGUUUAGUUGUUUACACUCCAAGAUAUUUAAGCAACCCUGAUGAAUUUAUAAAUCCUGAAAAGAAUAAAACUAUUUAUGACGAUUACAAAAAAGUUAUCAUGAGAGUAUUAGUUUAUUUAAAAAAUCCCUAUAGAAUCAGAAUUAUUCGUCCUGAUGGAACUCCAAUUGAAGUUGAUGAUAAUUUAUAUACUUGGGAACACAUCGCUCUAUUCGAAACCUAAAUGAGGGUACCUCCUUAAUUUAAGAGUGAUUAUAAAUUAGAAAACUAUAUGGAAUGGCUUGGUAAAUUUAAUUUUGGAGUUUGGAGAAUGGCUGAUUUGGAUAACUGGAAUCUUGGUAAUCCUUUAAUUGUUAAAGACAGUGAUAGAGAUAAAUUCAAAGACGAAGUCUUUAAAGACAGUAAAUACGAUCCUGAAUAUAAUAUCGAUAUCAAAAACGUUUGA